AUGGAUGGAUCGGCAUUACAAUGUUCAAAACAUUUACGUUACUGUUUCGCUCGAAAUAUUUUUUUUGAUUUCAAGAAUUUGAAUGCAAAACACUCAAAACGUUAUCGCAACGAUGUUAUUCUCGAUGGAGAUGUCGGCGGUCGUUGUGAUAAGAAUUUUGACCGAAGUUUUUUAUUGCGCAAUGCAGAUGAAAAAAGUUAUUUGCAGAGCUGGGGAAGUGAACUUCAAUAUUUUAAAUCAUUUGAUAAUUUUAUAGUGAAUAAAUUGAAUUGCGAUAUAAUAUUGGUGAGACCAACAAUACUGAUAAAAUUAGAUUCACCAGUGAAUAUGUACCAUCACUUUUGUGAUUUUAUAAAUAUUUAUGCGAGUCAACAUAUUAAUGGCUCAUUUUCCAAUGAUAUUAAUAUCGUAUUUUGGGAUACGUGGUCUGGCGGUUAUAAUGAUUUAUAUUUUGGUGACACAUGGAAAGUAUUUACAAUGAGACAACCUUAUCAGCUUAUAUCUUUCAAUGAUAAAAAAGUUUGCUUCAAAAAUGUUAUUUUUUCAUUAUUAGCGCGGCAAAAAUUUGGUUUAUAUUAUAACAUGCCAUUGAUAGACGGUUGCAGUGGAAGUGGUUUGUUCAAAUCAUUCUCGCAACAUAUUCUGAACCGAUUAAAUAUUUCACAAAAUGGUCCAUUGUUAGAUAAAAUUCGAAUAACUUUAUUAACACGAAGCACUGAAUUUCGUCGAAUUCUUAAUGAAAAUGAGGUAGAUUAA